GCAGAAGAAGGCGUGGACUAUAAGACUGUGAACACAACACUGAAUGUGAUGGCCAGUGGUCAUCACUGUGUGAUUGUCACCAUCGAGGACGACAAUGUGCCUGAACCUGACGAGACGUUUGGGGUUGUGUUCACUGAGCUGAUCCCAGACCUGGCUGGCUGUAGUAUGAUGGGUCGUGCUGGUAGUGGCGGUGGUGGGAUAAUGAUGAAGACUGACGGCAUGCUCAUGUCAAUGGUCUCCAAUGAGACUGUGACUAUUGCCAUCAUUGACAAUGACAUGCAGGAGAGAGACAGUACUCCAGGAGAUAGAUCAGCAGCUAUAGCUGGAGCCGUAUGUGGGUCCUUACUUGCUGUCGUUUUGAUCGCCAUUAUCUGCCUGAUACUGUUCAACUACUUCAACAAGAGGAGGAAGAGGCUAAUGUUGUUCAGAAGCACUGCCAUUGACCACUCUGAGAUACCUCCUAUUUAUGAGGAAAUUCCCUUGGAGAAGACACCUCCCAUUGAACUGAACACCAAUGAGGCUUAUGGACAUAUUUCACACUAAAACACCCUUACACAUAUUUUAUACUAUUGUUUACAAAGACAGAAAUAGUUGUGAGUUUUUGCGAAAUAUUUCCUACAUGGGCUCCUCUACAUCAUGCUAUGCAGAGUUCAUGAGAGGUCAGGAUAAUGCUGAUAAUGCUGCAAUUUUUUUUACCUGUGAUUUAUAUGCUACUUGAAUGAUACUUUAGCGUUGUUAGGGU